AUGUCUCCCACUCCUAAUUCCCCCGAUGAUCCCACUCUUCCCAAUCCAAGAGUCGGUGUAGCCCUCUUCAUUGUGAGGCCCGAUGGCAAAUUUGUCCUCGGGCAGAGGAUGGGAAGUCAUGGAGCAGGCACAUGGGCCCUCCCGGGAGGACAUAUUGAGCAUGGCGAGUCGUUCGAAACAUGCGCCGUACGAGAAGCUAAGGAAGAAACCGGACUGGAUGUUCUGAACGUGGAGUAUAUUACUGCUACGAACAAUGUCAUGGCAGCAGAAAAGAAACACUACAUUACCAUCUUCCUGAGGGGUAUUGUCUCUGACUCAGCCGCUGAGCCGGAGAUCCUUGAGCCGAACAAGUGUGCAGAGUGGAAGUGGAUAUCCUGGGAUGAACUGCGUGCGAUGAAAGAUGCCGAGGUAGAAGGAGGCCCAGAAUUCAAGGGGCAGCUGCUAUUUUCUCCGAUGCACUCGCUUUUCGAGCAGCGACCUGAUGUCUCUGUGUGA